CAGUAGUCUAACAGGAAAACGAACAGGUCGAGCUACUGAUGAAGGCAUGCAAAUGCAAUUUUGUGACGGAAACGGACGUUUGAGAUUUGCAUGCGUUAGUAGAGGCUUGUGAGAUGGCAAUGUGUUUCAUUUUAGUUCGAGAUAGGUGGAAUCACCUCAGCGGUGUGUGAAAGAGGGAGAGAGAGAGAGAGAGGCGAGGGAACAAGAGGGGAGGGGGCGGGGGUGUAUGGACCUCACUGGCUACGGGACCUACAGGCACCCCGAUUGUGCUCUGCCUUCAUCAUUUUUGGAGGUGAGGACAAAAGAAAAAGGGGAAAUCGGAAGAAAGGCCCGGGAUCCGAGUGUCGUGACGGGCCCCCCGACUUCGCCGCCGCUGGUCGGGGUUGUCUGGACUCAAACAGGGUGAAGGAAAAGCGGCGGAGCAGUCGACUCGAGGCUGGGGUUUCCUGCCACAGCAGCGGGAUUGUCACAAAACAGCCUUUCACUCUUCGAGGGGCCUUGUAUUGGCUACGUUAUUCAGAGUUGUGAAGGCUUCUGGUCACCAUCUCCUGGAAAAAUGAACGUAUCUGCAUGGAAAUACUGAAGAGAGAGAGAGAAAACGGAAAACAGGAGCUUGAAUAGACUGAACUUGAAGUGGAAUAAAUGGAUUACCCUCCUUUUGGAAAACUGUUGCCAUGGAACUAGGUAGAAUAAAAUGAUGGUUGACAGAAAGAAACAAAGGUAAGACAGCUACACGCUGAAGAUACAGGAGAGGACCAAGAAGAAUCUGAACACAGCGUCAAGGAAAGAACAAUUACUAAAUAGGGACCAGAGACUUGUACAGUCCGAAUUAAUGCAUGCCGUAGCAAAAAAAGAAGACAGUAUUUGAAAGGGAAUGUUCAAGAAAAAGAACAUCUCAAAGUGUAUUACUCUCUGCAUCCAAGAGCUGAUGAGAAUAUCAAUGGAGUGUUUGCCUCUGGGUGUGUUUAAUGAUGGUCUGUAUUUAGACCUCUCGAUUCGAGUUAUUGCAGUUUUGGUCUCACACAGGUGUGAGUCAGGUCCUGGCAAACAUAUUGACAAACUGUUUGUUGUUGCCAAUUGUUGGGACAGAACACAUUCUCAAUGGUUUUAUUGAGAUUUUUUUUUGCACAAAAUGCUAUUGGACCACAACACAAUUCAGUCCUAACAUAGCUCUGUUUGCUUGAGCUGUAAUUAUAGCGGAGCAUACACACGUAAAGACAUUUGGGGUUGAACAUCUCACGUGGUGGUGUGUCGGACAUCCAUGAUAUCAUUGCCUGCUCGGUGCCAAACUGCUUCAGCUUCAUGGAAAGGACUGCACAGUUUUAGUCUUGUAUUUUUAUGCCGUAGAAACCUGCUUCUGUACACAUUUAUUUUUUCUUUUGAAAAUUCCAUUUUGCAAGACCCAACUGUAAAGUUAACCUUUUUUUUUUUUUUUUUUUUUUUUUUUUCUUUCUUUCUUUUCUUUAAAUGUGCAAAAAAACAUACCAUGAUCACAUUGAAGAAGUGAGACUUUUACCAUUUGGCCUUUUCAUAUAUUGAUAAAAGCAUCGUCUGUUCAAGUGCCCUACCCACUUUCUGCUAAAAAAAAAAAAAAAAAAAAAAAAAGUCAUAACAUCUGCGAUAUAUAUUCCUCAGCUUGAACUAUUUUUCAAAGCAUUUCCUUGUUUUACUGCCAGGCCAUAGACUCUCUCUUUGUCAUUAAUGGUUACUGCCGUAAGCCUUCCAGUUUCUGAUCAGAAGCAUUCCCUGGUAUAGACACUGACAGAUAUUUCCGUUUUUAAUCCAAACUUGGGAAAACAAUGCAGAAUUUUUCUAACAGCCCAGUUCCCCCUUCUCUCCCCCCGGGGUUCAGUGGGAGGGCUGUAGGGGGAACUCCAUAUCCCCCUCAGCCAGCAGACCCUCAGAUCUCCCCACGGAUGACAGAUGAUUACGCAGGGAUGCAACAGCAGAGCCUGCACAGAAGCCAUCACCACCCCAGUCAAGCCAGUCACAUGCUUGCUUACAGUGGUAGAAACAGAGGGGCAGUGGAGGCACCGCCAACACAGAGUAACAUUCACAGCGGCAACGCUAACAACCCUUACAGGAAGGACGCCAUGGAUUAUUAUUUUUCAAUGGGUGGAAAGGACAGGCACAGAAGGGGGGGCAUGGCUUAUGGGGCAGGAUUUGGGUACCCUAAUAUUGAUGGACAUAUACCUCACCAGUACCGGCAUGCUGGAUCUGGCUCUGCACCAGCAUCUGGCCUGAUGUCACCGUAUCCAGUAGACUAUGGCCCCAGUGCUGGUUCAGGUGGUGGUGCUGGCGCUGGAGCAUUUUCUCCUUCUCAUCAGUACAAUAUGAGUCAGAAUGCUGCAAUGCAGUCAGUGCCAGGUCCUCAGAUGCAGCACCGCCAGCAUGGGCAAACCUUCCCCGCUGUCCACCAUGGACAGCAGCAUAGGAGCUAUCCACACUCUGGGCACAGAAUGACCCCUCAGUACCCGCACUACUCUCCACAGGGUGGAGCAUCCACAGGGUCAUCAGGAAUGUACAGCCCCCCUCCACAGAGAUAUCUCGACGGGGCUGUCAGCACCGGGUUCGAUCCCAAAGUCAACAGUUCUCCCAGUGUCAACUCCAGUUCAAACUCAGUCUCCAGUUCAGUUGUUGCUAACAAUGUGGGGCCAAUGGAGAAUGUUCAACAGAGUUACCAUGCUUCAAACUAUCCUGGAUAUUCCCAACAGACACUUACACUUCACAAGCAAGCCACACUACAGCACCGCAACUCACAGCACAAUUUAGGGGUAGGUUAUGACAACUCUCUCAAGAUGCAGCACCAGGGCCCGUCUCCAGGCUCUGUAUAUGCUAAACAUCAUCAAGCCUCCAAUCCCAGUACACCUCUAGCAGCAUCUCAAGAACUAACCAAAUCCCCAAUGCAUCCGAAUGCUCAACAAACCAUAAUUAACCAAAACUUUAGCCCAAUAUCCAACCCCUCACCAGCUGCCUCCGCAGUGCAUUCCCCCAGUUGUAGCUCCUCUCCUUCCCCUUUGAUGGGUGUCUCAGACGUACACGGAAACCCCUCAGGUCAUGGUCUUUCACAUCCUCCUACGUCAAACCCCCGUAGUAGCCAUGGUCAAGGUAGAUUACUGCAGACCAUGCCACAGUUAAGUCCCACGCCCAACUCAAAUAGCAGCAUCAGUAGUUGUGGUAGCAGUGGCAGUCACAAAGCUCACAGCAUAAGUGCAGUUGGAGGGAGCAGUCUUCCUCCAACGGGCCGCAACAAAUUGGGUCUAGGCACAGGAAUCGGAUCCCGAGAGGAAUGCUCCUCUAUUUAUUCGUCCUCUCCACUAGACAAAAUGCAGGAUGCUGGCUUGAAUAGUCUUAAUGCCUUGAGCUCACAAGUAGCCAAUUUACCAAACACAGUUCAGCACAUGCUCCUCACCGACUCUGUGCUUUCCCAGAAGAAGGGGAAGGAUGUGGGGCAGAUGCAACAGACCCCACAUGGCGUGUCCCCAUCACAACCAAGGAGUCGAAAUGCAAGUGCAGCAUCGAGCACUAGCACAGUUAAAGAUGGAAGUGCACUGGGCAUCGGUGAUGGUGCCAGCUUAGAUGUUGGUGCAGAUGAAGAGUCCUCAUUGAUGUCAGUUUGUGGCUCAUCAGGGACCAAGGUGGAGCGUGAGGAGCCAUUUUCUGAAGGGGAACAUGGGAGAGUGAGGCAGAUGAGUGGUGCAAGCAGUGGAUCUGAACUAACUGGUUAUCACGCUCCCUGUCAGAGUCAGACACGGACUGGGCAAGCAUCAGCUGUAAAAGCAGCCAUCUCUGAUUCACUGUCAAAAGAACGAAAUGUUUCCGAAAUAAAAGCAAAUGAAGCUCAAAUUCCCUCUUCAUCUCCAUCCUUUGGAUGUCAAUCAUCAGAGACUGGCCCAACUUCACAUUCAGCACCUCCAGUUUCCUCAUCCCCCUCAUCUACCCCCUCCAGUAUUCCUCCUCCUCAGCCAAAUUGUGUCUCAGAGUCUGGGCUAACACAUAAUGACCACAGAGGUGGUCAUAGGAAGACAACCGAAAUAAAUGAAGUCAUCAAAAAUGAAAGUGAAGGCACAGUUGACAAAACUGAGAAAGGCAGUAGCCAAACACAGCGAGAUGGAGAAGUAAACUCACAAAAUUGUCAGGACAAAGAGAACCGGUUGCACACUGCAUCCAGAUUACACAAUAAUGAGAGGGAAGAAAAGCACACAUCUGAGGAACAGCAGAGCACCAGUAGUGUUGGUGUGAUUGUUUCAGCUCGCUCUGAGGGAAGUCACACUGAAAAAAGCAAGCAUUCCCAAGACAACUGUAUAGAAGAGAAACACUCCUUAAGAGAGUCAAGCAGUCAUAAUGGGGAGGAGGGUGUAGAUCUGAGUUUAUAUUCCUCCCUUCACCAGAAAUCUAAUUUUGGACGGCCUCAAAAUCCUCCCCAGUCUGGACCACAUAAAUAUGGAUACCCAGAAUCAACAUAUGGCUCAGAUUUGUCACUGAAAAACAGAGGAAGGGCUGGCCCAGCCAGUGUUAUGGAUUCAAAUUCCAGAUACUUAGGGUACCAACAGUCACAAGCUGGUUAUGGCCCUGCGCAUCCAAAAUAUGCUGGUUCUGUAGCAGAGGCUUUGGUGAAGAGAGGGCAAGCAGCAGGAGCUAAAGGUCAUGAGGAUAAUUCCCAGCAAUUUCCGAGCCUUUUACAAGAGGUUCUUCAAGGUUACAAUUUAGAUAGGCGUUAUGGCCGACCCGAGCAGGCCUUUCCUGCCCAUCUCCAAGUCCAACAACCGUUUCAAACCAGACACCCGUAUGGCAUAACUGAGGUUUCGGCUCAUUCUGGACAAAUGGGUAGCUCUGGAAAGCCCCCACAUCCAAACCAGAGGCAUGGAAGAGAGCCUGAUUUUAACACAGAUGCUCAGUCGUCGGUGAAGUCCGAAGUUUCCAUUACUAAGAUAUUGCAAAACGCUGAGAAAUCUGAUGUUGGCGUGUGCCAGAGCCAUUUAACACAGGCUACAGAUUGUCAGCAACCCCCAACAAAACAUAUCAACUUAGCUGACUAUUCUCUACCACAGAGAAAAGUGUUAUCUAAUGUGUCCACUCCAUCCUCUGCUGUGCAGGAGCUCCUUUUGCAAGAGCCAGAGCCGCUAACAGGCACCAUUGGUCAAACUGAGUCUCAAAAAUCAUCAAGCUCCAUAUUAGCCCCGUCAGAGCGGCGCUCCGUCAUUUGUGAUGUGUCGCCAAACCGACGCAGCACACCAGAGAGGGACAGGGAAAGUGACAGAGAGAGGGAGCGGGAGAAAAGUCAGAGUGGAGCCUCUGUGAUUCAACAGCCGUUUUCCUCUCCAGCAGCAGCCAAUGAUCUGAGCAAAAAGGAUAUUGCAGAGAAACAAGUAGUGAAAAUGGAAACGGCAUCAAGGGAGGCUGGCCCAGACGCUGCAAAUUUACAAACUGAUCAUCAUGGCAGUGGUGGGGCUAAUGAGGCUGAUAUGGAGUAUCAUUCCAAGUCUGUUCAUUCAUCUGUUGUAAUGAAUGCUGACCCCUACAGGCGAGGUAAUGUUGAUAUUACACCCUUGCCUUCUCAUCCUUUGAGCACUAACCCCUUAUCUUCACCUUCAAGGCACCAGUCCUAUAUUCAUGGUGUUGAUUUAUCAACUGGCGGUGGGAGCGGUUUUCCUGGAUAUCGAUUUGGAGACACAAGAGAAGGGAAUAUGAUGCCACGCAGCAACCCCCAUUUUCCCUCCCACCAUCCAUACCACAAUUUAUCCCCACAGACUCAAGCCACGAACAAGCUUCAAAUGUAUCCUCACUCUCGUGGCCCCCCUCAUCACCCCCAUGACAUGAAUGACUGGGUAAAAGCGAUGAACAGGCCAUCGAAGGAGAUGAUGAUGCAGCCUGGUUCUUCUCCAGGAAGACAUAAGGUCAGCCAAUCGGAACCGAGGCAAAGAAUGAUCCCACAAACUGACAUGCCCGGCGAACAACACGCAACCAAAAUGUCACUCCAUCAUCAAGGCGCUUUCUUUGAUUUGAAAAUGUGGGAGUCAACACACUCUGCAAGAGAAGGCUCUACGAUGAUAGGAGACUCCUUCUACAGAACACAGCCGCCGCCUCCUGCUCCUGUAGCUUCACACGUCCCUGUUCCUCCACAAUGCCAAAAUGCUGCUGAACCCGAGGUCUCCAGAGGAGCCGCAAAGGAAGCCAGACUUCCCUGCCCACCUCCUCCACCCAGCUCCACUAAGCCUUCUGCUGACAUGAACUCCACUCAGCCACAACAGGUGCAGCGUCAGACUAAAGCCGGGGGUUCUGGAGACACAAAUCCACUAAUAUUGCGGAGGAGAGUUCGUUCUUUUAUCUCUCCUAUACCUGCCAAAAGGCAACUCCAGGCUGCUACAAAUUCACAUCACUCCCCUGGGGCUCAGUCGGAGUCUAGCCAUCACAACGAAGAUGACUCAUCCAGUUCAGAUAUCCCAUGUCCGAGGCUCUCUUCCCCUCUGCCCGGAGAGAAUACCUAUUUACAACCUCUAUCUCCAUCAAGUAGUAAUACCAAGGCUUUGCCUCCCCGGAAAGGACGAGGUUUGAAACUGGAGGCAAUAGUGCAGAAAAUCACGCCAAAUAUUAAAAAGCCAGCAGGCCAUGUUGAUGAUGAGUCAAAUCAUUACCCAGGCUUCUCUCACUCAGAAAUACCAGCAUUUAAUGAUUCACAGGACCAAGACUUGGCACAUUUCCCUAGGGUUGCAGGAGGGGAUGAUGGUUACAUGGAUGAAAGUCACUCAUUAAAUGACAUGAUUCCCUUCAGAGGAGUUGAUGAGACUGGGCCUUUACCUCCAUCUGCCUACCCAUGUGAUCCUCAUCAGACGUCCCAAACCCUAAAACAAGACUUUGACUUUGGAUUAGGAGCCGCUGUGGCAUCGGCAUCUGGUGACAAGGAGGAUUUUGCCUUGCUCGGACCUUUACCCCCUCCUCCACCUCUUCCCCGCCCCGUCCAGGGUUCCCCACCUCCAUCUUCAUCUGCCCUGUCGGACAUUCAACAUUUCACCAACACUUACCAGCAGCUCGAGACAAGAAGAGGAGAGCAGUCUGCUGCUAACCUUCUUCGACAGAAACUUCAAGAAUCUGACAUGGGGUUUGAUGAUUACCCUGGCAGUGACUACUAUGGAGCCACCCCACCCCACCAUAGUCAAGGACACAUGCUCAAUAGACAACAUCAGAUGUCCUCUGGUAGGUCCAGUCUGUCACCACAAGAUUCUAAGCUAUCGGAGAGUUCAGUGCCUAAAGGCUAUUUUCCAUCUGGCAAGAAGAAGGGCAGACCCGUAGGGAGUGUGAAUAAACAAAAACGGGCCCAGACCCAGGCCCAAACACAGGGGCAGGGCCAGCCUCAAGCCCAGGCUCAGAGCACAACUCCGAGUGCUCCUCCGGCCCCAACCACUCUAACUACAGCUGCUGCCACAACCCCACCAUUGAUGCAGACUGCCAGCAGCUCACCGCCACCUGCAGCACCCCCCCUGGCAGACAAUAAAAACACUCCCCCACUGACCCCGCCCAUUUUAACCCAGAUAGUAAAAGUGGAUGUCGAGAGUGAGGACACACUGCCAGAGAUCGAGGUCAAACCUGUGCCAAGGAGACGCAAAGGUGUGAAAGAUGAAGCCGAGUCACUGCAAGCCAGAGGACGACAGAGGAGGAGAAGGAGAGGAGCAGCACUGACGGCACCACCAUUGGCCAAAGACGACCCAGAUACACCUUUAGGGGCAGGAGGGAGCCCUGGCGCAAAUAGAGUAUUCACAGAUCCUAAUAGAAAGGGGCCGUUUGUUCCACACAUUCAUGUGGAGAACAAAGUACCAGAGAUCGGGGCAGUGUGCACCAUUGUAAAUGCAGGCGGGAGUGGAAUUGAUUCUCUCCUGACUUCAGCUCUUUCCUCCCAGUUAUCUAGGAGAGACAGAGACUCUGAGAAAGGCGAGACAGACGAGGUGGAAACUACACUACAGUCAGGAAAAGCACUUCCUUCAUCUGGUUAUGUUGUUUCAGGCCCCGUGAUUACAGAGACCAAUCACUCUGGCCGCCUGCUCUGCUGCCUGUGUCAGAAAUGGGCAAAUUACAAGCACCUCGGAGAUCUCUAUGGACCUUUCUAUCCAGCCGAAUAUGCCGCAAAGCUCCCCAAGAACCAGCCCCAAGUCCGACAAUGUCCAGCGACCACAGGCACAAAUAAAACGGGACCAAAUUUAGACAUGAGCUCAAAUGCUUUGAGCACCAUCCAAGACAUGCAAACGCAAGAUGCUCAGUUUACCAAGCCCCCAACUGAGAGUGACUAUGCCGUCAGCCUAGAUUCAAACCCAGUACCUCUCACCAUGACAGCCAGAACUGCCCCCACAGCUGGUAGAGAGGAAAUGAUGAUGCACAUGACUGGCAAGUUCAGCAACAGUGCCUCCUCUUCCUCCUCUUCCUUCUCCUCCUACACCAGUAAAACAGCAUCUCUAACCUUGGACAUGAAUCUAGACAUCCGGCCUAUCCCUGAGCUUAAGAGAGAGCCAGACCUUGAGAUCGACCAGCGACAGCCGCAUAUCCAGCAACCGCUGCAGCCGCCAACAGAAGAAGCCCAACAGCGACCCCAACACAGAAAGCUGACCUCGCACCCCCGCUUUAAAAGGAGGCACAAAUCUAGUGAUGAUUCCCCCAGAAUGGUGCCAUCCAACAGUAAGGCGUCCCUGCCCUUUCAGCCCCCUCCGCCCGCCUUGGACUCCCUGGGACCCUUGGCCCAACUUGCCCAGCUGCCUCAGAUGCCUAUGGACCCGGAGGAGCUGUGGGUCCACGAAGGAUGCAUAGUGUGGACCAGUGGAGUGUAUCUUGUCAAUGGGAGACUGUAUGGCCUGCAGGAGGCACUAGAUGGUGCCAGAGAAACAUCCUGCUCGUACUGUGAGAUGGUUGGCUCAACCCUGGGCUGCUACAGUAAAGGCUGUACACUCCGCUACCACUACCUGUGCGCUAUUGAAGCAGAUUGCUCUCUAAACGAGGAUAACUUCUCACUGCGGUGUCCGAAGCACAAGGUAAAGAAGGAGAGUUCACCCAGAGCAUCCGGCCAGCCAGGACAGUGUACCUGGAGCAGUCGGAGAGAGGCUGAGAGAAACGCAGAAGAUGAAGAGACACAGAAGUCUAGGAGCUGUUAGUUUGGACAACAGAAGACUGAGAAAGGAGACUGGUUUGCGAAGCAGCCCCAAAUGUGAAAGGACGGGACCGUGACGGAGAACAACAAAAGGGAAUGUACAAUUUCUCAACGGGAAUCAGCAUUAUUUACAUUAAAGACAACGGAGAAAAAGAACCCCCUUUUUUUUUUCUUUCCUAAGAGAAUUGUUGCUCUUUACUUAAAAGCAGAAAAAGAAAAAAAAACAUGGACAUGCAACAUAGAGGAACGGAGCUACAGGUAAAAGAAAAAAACAACAACAAAGAUCAAUGUGGGAUCAAAUGAGACGUCAGAACUGAUGGAGGAACUGAAGGAACUUUUCCGUAGAGAACAAAAGAACAAACUUCCUCUCUAGGCUUACUUUGAUUUUCCUCCGACGCCCUUAACGUGUACAACUCUUGCUUACUUAUCAUCCUCUGUAUUAUCAUUUACCUGCGUUUGUUUUUAGGUGUUCUUUUGUUUGCUUUGAAGAGGCGUAUUGGGAGCAAGUUGGGUCGUCGAAACCCAGACAAGAUAGAACAAGGAGAGAAUUUUGUAUCCUCUCACAAGCAGUAUUUUUUUAUUUUAUAAGGAUGACCACAGUUCUUAUUUUAGUCCUCAUUAUCGUUUUGUAUCCUCAUCCGUAUUUACUCAUGAAAAUGAAAUGGAUGUAUGUCACUUUUAUAUUCAGUCAACCCAUGAAUUGGAUUUGAUUAUUAUUUUUUUUUUUCUUUCAUUCCUGGAGAGGGAGGAGCCAGAGUGAUGUUGUCUGGAAUGUCAGGGUCGAGUUUGCCACAAAGACAUUAUUGCCUUGGAGAACGGACAUCUGUUGCCUUUCAAAAGUCACGUGUAUUAGUGAUAAGUGAGUGUGUGUAUGUGUGUGUGAGAGAGAGAGUGUGUGUGAGAGAGAGAGAGAGAGAGAGAGAAACUGAAAAAAAAAUGCCGAUAUCUGGGUCUUUGAUUCCAUUUUUGGUCCUUUUUGAAAAGUGUUCUUAUUUUUCAUCACGGGGUUUUUACGGUACAGAUAGUAUUCAUGAGAAAUCCGAUGGACACAAGCUUAUUUUUUAAGUACAAAUGUUCGUAAUGUGCAAAAAGAAGGGCCGAGCCUUGUAAGAGGAGGAGAUAACACUAUGAACUAAUGCGUGUCCGCCACCUUUAACCGUGCUGACAGGGAAAAGAUGGGCAGGACACUGCAGCGUUUUCAUCGUUUGUUGAACUGUGUACUGUGUGCACCAGUGCUACAUAGGAAGUCGCUUUUGACUGACAGGUGUCAGUCCCUCGUUCAGUGAUGAAAGCUUUUUUUUUUUUUUUUUUUUUUUUUUUGAACUGGAACCUUUUUGGAGAGGGUGUCAUAUGAACAGCUGUGAUUGGCCGACCCUACUGGCCAAUGGGGAGUAAGCCUUACCAAGUACUUCUGAAUGAUUUCAUUCUUUAUAGUGACACAGCAGCGAUUUGAUCGGGAGAUGCAAAAUCCAUUCAAAAAGAAGCAUUGCCAUAAAAUUUAAAAAGUGAGUCGUACAUGGUGUUGUCUUUAUCAUUUUUUAUUGUUAUUCUUGUAAAAAAAAAAAAAAAAGUCAAGCUGAGAAGACAGUUACACUAAAACCAUGCUGUAUUAGAAACUUGUCAAUAUGUAUAUGAAUUAUGAAUACACUUAAAAUGAUUCAAGUA